UCCAAUCAGGACGCGCAGUGGCUCCGAUGACGCCUGUCAGUCACGGACCGGCAUUUCCCCGACCAACCAGAAGAAAGCUAAGCGCCGUCUCUUCUGGUUCCGUCUCCUCGGUCACGGAAGUGUGAUGUGGCUGGAAGCGGGGAGCUAUGUCUGCGAUCUUCAACUUUCAGAGCCUACUGACAGUAAUCUUGCUGCUCAUAUGUACCUGUGCUUAUAUCAGAUCCUUGGCUCCCAGCUUACUGGACAAAAAUAAAACUGGAUUAUUGGGAAUAUUCUGGAAGUGUGCCAGGAUUGGUGAACGGAAGAGUCCAUAUGUAGCUGUGUGCUGUAUAGUGAUGGCCUUCAGUAUUCUGUUUGCACAGUAGCAACUGAAGAAUGUCAAGAAUAUCUUUCUGUCAAGCCAAUGGCUUAAUGAACUUUGAGCAGCAAAAAAGAUGAAAAGCAUAUUCUAACCCCUCUAGCUCUCUGUUGCGUGUAUUGGAUGGGCCAUACUUUUGGCAAGCCUUUCCUUUUUUUUUUUUUCCUGUUAGUGGACCAUUGUGUACAGUUUAACAAAAUGUAAUUCUGGAAUUGAAGACCCGUAUUUUGAUUAUUGAUGUUGUUAUAAAUUCUGCAAAGGUCAUUCACAUGCAUUGUAUAUUGGAUUUCAAAGUGGUUAUUUUUAAGCCAUGCAAUUGAAAACAAAGUUAAUAAAUAUAUAUCAGUUUGA